AUCAAAUUUUAGUACACGUGACGUCGUUUGUUUUGCUCGAGGUGUCGCAAGUUUGUGACGUCACUACUAUGAACAGCUGAUUUCUUUUCGUCAACUAUGCGCCGCUAUUUGACAACACAGCACGAGUUUCACCCAUGGUUUCACCUUGUUGAGAAACAUUUGUUCCAGACUCUGUUAACUAUAUCCAGAGUUAUCCGACAUGCCUAAAAACUGUUCGGUACCACACUGCAGGACAACGCCUGGCGAUAAAAAGAGCUUUUAUAAGUUUCCUCUUCAUGACCCUGAACGACUUCAUCUGUGGCUGAGGAAUAUGGGAAAAGACAACUGGACACCUUCUCCACAACAGUACAUUUGCCAUAAACAUUUUGCACCAUCAAACUUUAAAGUUUGCUUCGGUGUUCGCUACCUGAAGAACACAGCGGUACCGACACUGUUCCAGAAAGGGAAGUUACAGGGGAAAAGUGAAAGACAGGCUAAGUGGCGUUGGGCAAACAAUAAUCAAAGCAUAAAGACGCUGGGACGUGUCACAGAAGCUACUGGUGUUCAAGUUGAAAGCAGUCUACAGUUAGACCUCAGUGAGUCCGGACAGCUCUAUAAAGGUCAAGACUCUUCUCAGACAGAAAUGAACCUGCUGACAUUCAAAGACCAACCAAUGACAUUACAUAAAAUUGAAGAUUUUAAUAUUGCUGGAGAGUGCAAAGAAAUGGUACUCCUAUGUGAAAACCAAGAAGAUGCACAUUUCUUAACCACUUCUGAAGUAACAGACGAACACAGAGAGGGAAUGGAGGAUAUAACCUGCACAAUAGUGGACCUUUCUAAUAUUUAUGAAGUUGAUCAAACUGCUGAUAUUGCCUACUUUGAGAUCAUCCCCAAUCUAAUUUCCAGUCCAACUCCACUCUUGACAUUUAUACCAGAAACUGUUUUGUCACCAGCUUUAAGUCCUCAGCCUAUUGCCUCAACUGUGCCAAUAGUGUCUAAGUACACUCAGAGUUCAAAGGUCAUGAAGACUUCUGACUCAGAGAAUGAGGAGGAGGAAGAGGAGGAUGACGUCAACUUGGAUAUUUGCAGCUUUGAACACCAACAGCAAGUGGAGCACUGUUACCACAAAAACAGUGUGAGCAAGGAGCAACUGCAGGCUACUGUGGUAGAGCUGCAGAGAAAAGUGAAUCUCCUGCAGCAGCGUCACUGCAGACAUUUGGACAAACUGGAGGAGCUGGAGAAGACCGUGGGUCAGCUGAGGCAGAGCAAGCUUCUAUAUGAGGAGAGGCUGCAGCGGCUUGAGAGGGCCUUCUUCCAAGCAGAUGUAAGUAUUACAGAUCCAGAACAGAUUGUGACCAUCAUCUAUGAAGAGGAAAAUCCUGAGUAUUUCUGCACAAACCUUCCAAAUGAAAAGCUUUGAGACUACUGUAUGUUUUCUACAGUGCAGAAAUCCAAACUAAGUUAACAAAUGCUUCCUAGAUUUGUAUUUUCUUUAACUUUACGAAAUUAAGGGCAAUGGCAAUUUUGGUAUAUUUUAUGUUCUGUUAAAAUUAAAAUGUAUGUGAAAAUAAACGAACAGCCUGUACACAA